AUCUGGCGCCAAAACGUAACGGAUUACCUGUUGACUGAUUGACUCUGAAAUCUCGAUGAGUGUUGCGGUUGUUAAUCCGUUGCAAAUUCCUUCUCCCUUUUUACAAAAACCAACCACACUCCCUCCGUUUUCCCAAUCAAAACUCCCCAAAAUUCCAAACAGCUUCCAAGAAACCAAAGAAUCCCUCAAAUCCCAAAACCCAACUCCUCCGCGGGCCACCAUGAACCACCACCACCAGGUUCCAUCCAACCACCCAGAACAAGACUCUUCUCUGCCUGCAUCUUCUUCUGGCUACCGCAGGAUCUCCCUCCCUCUUCUCCGCCGCUGCAUCUCCGACCCCUACAACCCUCCGUCUGCGACCACCCCCAACGAUGCAUUUGAGCAUUCUCUCUCUGCUUCUCGCUGUGGCAGUUCUUUGUGCAACAUGACUCCGUCCUACUCUCCUGACCGACUCCACUUCCCCAGGACUCCGUCCCAUUCCCCGGCAGCGGUCCUGCCUCCUCUUCCUCCACCCCAGACUCUCCGGCGCUCCGUCUCGGAUCUCAACCCCUCUCCGGCCAAGACCUCCACCCGCUCCUCCAGCUCCUCCCAAGAUUUCCACUUCUCCACCGACAUUGACACCCCCAAUUCUAAGAGGCUGCAGAGGAUGAAGGGCCGCUUGAGAGAGAUGAGCCUGUGGUGCCAGCAACUGAUGCGGGAAGAAGACUUAAUGGAAGAAGAUGAAGAUCACGAGGAGCAAGCGGCCGAAGAAGAAGAAGAAGAAGCGGAAGAAGAACAAGUGCAAACUGUUGAUGCUACUGAUCAAGAUUUUCAUGACAAUGCUACUGCUACUGCUGAGAAUUUACAGGAUGACGGGGGGAAAGAAUUUGCAGAGUCUGUGAGUGUGGAGAAGAAGGAUGACUGCUUGGUAAUUCACUUCAGGUGUCACUGUGACAAAGCCUAUCAGUUCCUUCUCAGUGGAGGCGACUGCUACUACAAGCUCAUGUAGAUAUCCAUCCCAGUUAUCCAACCCACUGGAUGAACUGAGCACUCUUCAUUCUUGGGUUCGGCUUUUUCAUACACAUAGGUUAAAUUCUUUUCGAUACUCAACUCAGUCACCAUGACCUCAUUCUUAGGUUGUUUAAAAUCUUCGUCUUAGAUCGUACCCUUUUCAUAGAUUCUUUUUGGAUGAAGUGCUCAGUGCCUUGAUUGGUGUCAGUUUAACAAAUCAUCUGGUUUAGCUGGAUUGCCAAUCAAUUGGGUGAACCCUUGUUUUUCCUUUUUCUUCUCCUUUUCACUGUGAUGAAGUAGAAAGGUGGAAUAAUGCAUUAAUUGCAAAGGCGAAAAAAUAUAUGGAAUGUACUUUGUUGCAAUUCUUGUUUGGAAGCAAAUGAA